CACUCUCGAUGUCGAAGGACGUGGCUGGUGCCACUUUUAUGGCUGCGGCAACGUCGGCACCAGAAUUGUUUGUAAACGCGAUCGGUACGUUUAUCACCGAAGGUGACAUCGGUGUCGGAACAAUAGUAGGCUCGGCUGUAUUCAAUAUCCUCGCCGUGCCAGCUUGUUGUGGUAUAGGUGCCGGAAUGGUAGUCCCUCUAGACUGGUGGCCGGUUAGCAGAGACUGUCUUGCCUAUGGCGUUACUGUUGCCAUUUUAAUAUGUAUUAUACAUGACGAGAGAGUAGAAUGGUACGAGGCGUUGACGCUAGUAUUACUCUACAUCGUUUACAUCGCCGUGAUGUACUGGGAUAAAUCGUUUCAACGAUGCACACGUUUCCGCACGCAUAAUGUUGAUCAAUCAUCAUCGGACGACCGUCGGUUUGCGGCAGAUAGCAGCAUUGAAAUUCGCUUGGCGAGGUCCGAUAAACUGCAACCGACCGGUGAUCAAGCCGAACGCACAGAUGUACCUUUACAAAAUGGAGGAACUAAAACUCAGGAAGAGAAUCCCGAACCCGGUUAUGAGUACGAGUUAUUGGUCUGGCCGGCAAGGGCUGGGUGGAUAAGAAAAACGGCUUGGAUCCUGACAUGGCCGAUUCAUCUGAUAUUCAUGUGUACGAUACCAGAUUGUGAAAAGCCACGAUUCAAGAAUUGGUUUCCGGUUACAUUUCUUAUGUGUAUUAUUUGGAUUGGAUCAUUGAGCUACGUUGUCGCGUGGAUGAUAACAAUAAUCGGGGAUACCCUCAAGAUACCGGACUCUGUUAUGGGUAUUACCUUCCUUGCGGCCGGUACCAGCGUUCCGGAGGCUGUAUCGAGUGUGAUAGUGGCGAAGCAAGGACAUGGUUCGAUGGGAAUCAGUAACUCCAUAGGAUCAAACACCUUCGACAUAUUGUUAUGUCUGGGUCUACCGUGGCUGAUUAAAUCUUCAUUUUCGCCAACGCAGCCUGGAAAACAUUACAUCAGCAUAAACUCCGGCGGACUGGAAUAUAGCGCCAUAUCGUUGUUGUCGACAUUGAUGUUACUGUAUAUUGCUUUUGCCUCGAAUAAGUUUCAGCUCGAUAGAAAAGUAGGCCGAGCCUGUUUAUGUAUGUAUGCUGUGUUCCUGAUAUUAGCCUCGUUGAUAGAGCUCAAUGUAUUCUUCAGGGUAAAUUUGCCCACCUGUCAAAGGACGGUCAAGUGAUACGCAAUCAAAAGUAGAAACUUUUAACGAUAUUCGAUACGGUCUUAAUUGAUUAUCGUAUGUUCUCUAAGAACCGACGAGCAACGCUGUGAACCGCAGAAUACUGUUUUAUAUUACGCGAAAACUCUUUUUCUUUCUUCGUAUCAAUUUUAAGAGACUUCUCGACCGAAGGUCUCUGCGUAUCGUCGUGUCGUUCAUUCCUCGCGAACAGUCGUGUAAUGCGCACAUUUUAUCUAUUGGGUUCGUAGCUUUUUCCACCCUUCCUUCUUUCUCUAUUUGGCUUCUCUACAAUUUCCUCUAUACGAAUACAAUUCCGUGUCUCCUCGUUGUAUCACAGCCGAACCGUUGGCUAAGUUUUUCGUGUCUAACAUUCUAACCUUUCUAAAUUCCUCUAUCGCUCUAUAUAAAAUGUUUUUCUCGUCCUCGUUGUUCCACUUGCCGCGAACAGCGCAUGAUUUUCAAUCGGGAGCGAGGAAACUGAAAUAAACGUAAAAAAGUAGAGUUGGACGGUCUAGAAUCCAUUUUCGAGAAGUAAGAUAUACUUGCGUCAAGGAGGAAAAGUAUGUAUUGCGUGAACAUAUGAUCCUGACAGACUUUGGCGAUAAUGUAACAAGUUAUAAGAUAUAAUCGAACUGCAAAAAUUUGUAUCCGAACUCGCGGUGCAAAAGAAAAACCUCGAGGAAAAUAAAAAUAAAAAAGAAAGAAAGAGCGCGAUGAGCGAAACGGGUAUAUGUACAGUAGAUACAUACAUGCAUACAACAUACAUAUAUACAUACAUACAUGAAUACAUGAACACAUGAAUACAUG